AUGCAGUAUUGGAAUACAAUACAUGAUAGUGACGUCGCACCGAGUCCCAUUGUUCCGACUUAUCGGCCCAAUCCACCUUCCAAGCGAAGGCAUCCCAGUAUGUCUUCCCCGACCUCUGCCGCGGCGGAGAAUGCCCGACCUAGCUUUGGUAGCGUGGGUAGCAUGGCAAGGCCCCAGGCUCGCUCAGCGGGUAUGGCAGAAAGGCCGGGGCGAAAUGAGAAUUUGUCAGAUCUAGUUCGCUUCUUUCAAACCCAGAACAUGCCCGCCCCACCGGUGGUCACCACUCCAGACAGUACAACGGCACUCCCGGUCGUUCACUCUCCGCCAAAGGGAUUCAUUGAAAAUGCGGGAAAGGUAGACAAGGAGGACAAGGUGGGGAAAGAGCAAUUGAAGCCCUUGCAUCGCCGACUACUGCAGUUUACCCAGCGCCAGAAGAAAGAACCGUCAUUACCCAAGUCUAAACAAGACGAACAACAAAAACAGAUUGAGGCCCUAAUGAGAGAAGGAUAUCUCUUUUCGGGUUCCUCAAAACCUGCGUCGAGCUCCAAGUCGACCAGGUCGACCAGGUCAAUCAGGUCAAAGAACAGCAUUGACCACAAGAGCAGUAUCGAUCGUGCUUCAAUAUCGAGUUCCAAGAGGCACGACGUCGAAACAAUUGGCCAGCCAUGGUUGGAAAAGCAGAACCAGGGCGGUAGCCCGAUGCUCCCCAGCGAUGACAAACGUUGCCUGGCCUCCUUGGACCUGGGAGAUUUCGGGGCCAUGGUUGAUGCUGCCGUCUCUCCGUCAUCAACGGACGAAUCUUCAUCAACUCCCUACCGUCCAUCACAAAGCAGUCAACACUCUGCUUCCCAAUCGACUUCAGCUCUGCCGUUACCGAGCUCUUUGUCUGAUACCCGCCCACAAAAUGCUCACAGGGCGUCUACAUCAAUUGCCUCUACCGUUAAUACUCAGGAUAGUGGGUCAUUAAAUGGCUUCACUAACCGGCUCUCCAGCUCUACUAAUUCGAGCACUCGAGCUGCGGAUUGUGGUGUCACACCUUCAUCUUUGGCCCGCAGUAAUGCUCCUGCGAGCAUGCAUACCAUCGCAUCUUCAGAUCAGUCUGUAAACAGCGAGCUGAAGCAAGAACAAGACUCAGCUAAACCCACAGAUCGCGUUCCCUCAAAUCCGCCUAGCUUGAAAUUAUUCCCCGACGUCAGUCCGCGUGUCUCCAGUAAGAACGCCUGGAGGCUGUCGGCAGUGCCUCGAUAUCAAACUCCCAUUGGGAAGCCUUUGAGUGCCAAAGAUGAGCAGGCUGAGACUCCGAUCACUGUCAAGCCUGGAGAUCAUGAAACAUCAUCUGAGAAUCCGCCGGGGCCCGCAGAUAGUGAAGCAAAAAUUGACCGCCCUGGUGCUUCGAAGUUUUCAAAAAAGUCGAUCAUGACAUCGAAAGCUGCAGUUCCAACACCCCCGCCACCUGCCCAAAGCAAGGUCAAGCCUCGGCCACAAUCGUUGACAUUGGGAGCCCUUCAAGCCUUCCCUCUUCCAGCACCUACUAGGCCUUUGCCCUCCAUUCCUGAUGCCAGAGGUUCUCCCAAUACCCAUCUGGAUGUCAAAGCAAACUUAGCCAUUCGGGUAAUGCGAUCAGGAUCAGGGCUCCGAAUUCUGGACUUGCAAACUUCGCAGCCUUCCCCUAUUGCCGAGGACCCGUCCGAGCCUGAAGCUCGCCCUGCAACUGUACUCGGGUGUGUUGAUGAAGGAGAUGCAUCAGGUGAGCAUCAGAGCUUGCACCCGCGUGCAUCUCUGGAGUGUUCCAAGUCCGCCGUACCCGACGAGCCUACCCCAACGCGGCGAUCAUCUAGUGUCUGCGCUCCUCGCAUGCAGGAUCUUCAGGAAACCCCGGUGGAGCGCGACGGUGAUCUGAGAAUUUUAGAGGGAGAAGCUGUCGCAGACUCUCCUGUUCUAGGACGGCAACACAUUUCCACAGAGACCCAAGGAAAGCGUCAUCUACGCAAAGAUCUGCAUAUCAACUCCCGCGUCGACCGGAAGAACCUCCCAUUUGGCCUGCCAUCUCCUCCUCCGACUGCAUCCCUUCCAACAGAUCCUCCUCAGAUGUCUGUCGAGCGAUCUGUACGUCAUCGCAACUUUACUGCCCCCUCGGGAGCGUCGGUGCCAUCUUCGAGAAAAUUGGAUCACCAUCGGGUCUCGAUCAUCUCCCGCAGCAACAGCUCCCGAAGUAGUCUUCGCCAUGAGAGCAUCCCCGAAUCAUACGAGCCCAACCACUGCGAGUCCCCUAUUCCUUCAUCCGACGACGAGGGCUUCGGUCCCCAAUCCCAAUCCACGCGUGGACGCCGCCCUGCCGAAACAUAUUCCAAACGCAAGGACCCGGCCCGCCGUGGUUAUGACACUCUUGAUGCCCGAACUAGCCAUACUCGGCUUCGCUACGCCCAUCAGUCUCGACCUUUGACGCCACAGGGUCGCAGCAGCCAUAGUAUGGAAAAGCCUGUAUCACCGCAUUCCCAGUAUUCCCAAUCGCCGCACCGCUCUCGGGAUUCUCAGAACAGCUACCGCUCCAAACCUGCACGGGGCCCUGUGCCCGACUUCCUCGAGGAUCGCAUCGCCAACCUUGAGCGUCAAAAUCAAGUGCUCCAGGCCGCUCUCAUGGCGGCACUCAAUGCUGGCGUUGUCAAGAACCACAUGGAUGUUCCUUCUCGCAGCAGUGAACACAGUGGAUUCGAAACUUCGAGUUCAUUGCAAGACAGACGAGCCGAUGUCCGCCAACUCGAUGACAUGAUCGAGGACAUUGAGUCCGGCUGGUUGUCUGAUAAAUCAAGUCUCAGUGGACCUCACACGGCUCGCCACCAUUGA